AGUGAAGACACUUUGUCGACAACAAAAUUAAAGCAUUGCUUCAAAUAACUAACAAUUUAUGAAAUAUUGAUUAAUUGAUUGUUAUUUAUAAACUAAAUGCCAUUAAUAACACCAAAAGACUUAACCGCCGGUCAAAUCAUUUAUGAUAUCAAACCUGUGGCUCAUAUCGUAUGUCAAGAAUUUAAGAACAAAUUCUGUGACAAUUGUCUCAAACGAUCGGAUGGUUUGUUGAAAUGCAAAAUAUGUGGACAAAUGUAUUAUUGCGGUAAAGAGUGUCAAAAACAGGAUUSGAAGACAUACCACAAGAAUGAAUGCCAACAUUUGGCAAAUAAGAAGUUCAAUUCUAAACAUUUCUUAGACGAAGAGAUGCUCUUUCUUCGUAUUUAUCUUCGGCUCAAAACUUGUGAUUCAUUUGCUAUCAAGAAGUAUGACUUGUUUGACGGCUCACAGAUGUGUUUAAACGACAUUGAGUUUGAUGAAGAGGUCAUUAAAAAAGACACCGAAAGGAUGGAAGAGUUUGGACGAGUUUGUUCUCACAUGAGAUCAAUUGGCAUCAAAUGCGAUGAUAAACGACUUCUUCAUUGGUUUGGAUGUCUKUCUAGUAAUCCAUCGCAUGUCGGACUUAAAUGGUAUGGAAAAGACCCGAAAGAUUAUGAUUUGGUUUCAGAGAUAAUUUGUCGCGCAUUUUGUCCACAAUUAUCAUCACUAAAGCACUCAUGUCUGCCAAAUGCAGCCCACGUUACCAAUGGUUUAUCACUUCAAUUGAGAGCUAUUAAAGACAUGAAUAAAAGCGAUGAAAUAACCAUUAGUUAUAUUCGUUUGGAUCAAAAUAAAGACAAACGACUUAUGCAAUUGAAGACUGAUUUUUAUAUGCAGAAGUGUCAGUGUCUCAAAUGCGAUCAAAACUUAGAUAAAACUGUUAAUUAUGAAGCAUUUGAUGACAUAAUUAAGAGAGAAUUGAGUCAAUUUGCAACAUUCACACCAUCUGAUCCAAAAACAUGGAUUCAAUUACAAUCUCUAUCUGAAAGAGUCAUUCCUCUCUAUUGUAUGGUUUACGGUGAUUAUCACCCAUUUCUGACGGCAACUCUUAUGGAGUGUUCAAUGGCUACAUAUAUGACGGCAAAGAUUGCACACAAAUCAGCGCACAAAUGGAAACCAUUGCUUCUCGAGUACUAUCGUCUCGUGGAUCAGCACUUGAAGGUGACUCACGGUAUCGAUCAUCCAUUGUAUGACAUCUUUUAUUCUUCUUUUGUUAAAAUGUAA